UGAAUCGCCGAGACAGUAAACUUACAAGAGCGGUAGCGAUCAGCAGUAUUUCUUUCUAACAACAAGUUUUAAAAUAUUCUUAAUGCUGUGUGCAUACUAAAUUGUUGCAAUUUAUUUAAUGUAAUCAAAACACUCAAAAUGUUAUCGCGCUUUCUAACUAAAUGCGAUGCAAUGGUCGGGCGUUCGUUGAGUUCAGCGGCUUUUAGGGAAUAUGCAACAGCUGUGCAGCAAAAGCAGGAAAAUCAAGGAACUUUUACUUCGAAUAAUUGGGAAAAUGCGCGUCCAUAUUCUGAGUUACCAGGGCCAAGCAAAUAUGAAAUGUUUCGUGGAUUUUUACCAGGAGGUGUGUACCAUAAGAAAACAUUUAUUGAAGUAAUUAGAACCAUGACACGCAUAUAUGGCGAUAUCUAUCGAUUUCCUUCCGUGUUCGGCAGACCAGAAACGGUAAUGAGUUUUAAUCCAAAUGAUUAUCCAAUAAUAUUUCGAAACGAGGGUAUUUGGCCAGAACGACGCACUUUCGGAACCUUAUAUUAUCAUCGUAAGGUGCACAGAAAGGAUUUCUUUGAAGGCGUUGAAGGACUAUUGACCACAAGUGGCGAAGAAUGGGGAAAAAUACGUACCGCCGUUAAUCCAGUGCUAAUGCAACCCAAAAAUGCCAGACUCUAUUUAAAUACGUUACUAGAAGUCAAUGACGAAUUUCUCGAAAGAAUACGUUACAUACGCGAUCCUUUGACGCUCGAAGUGCCCGACGACUUUAUUGAUGAUAUUAAUCGUCUCACCUUAGAGGGCGUGGUGAGUAUUGCCCUCAAUACCCGUUUAGGCAUGAUACAUAAAAAUCGUGAUAGUCCGGAAAGUAAAACACUUUUGAAAGAAAUACGCAAUUUUUUCGCCUUGUCUGAAGAGAUAGAACUUAAGAUAUCCAUUUGGAAGAUAUUCAAAACACCGACGUUCCAUAAACUGAUGAAAACAUUGGAUACGCUUAUAGUACUGUGCAACAAAUAUAUCGAUGAGGCACUAAAACGAAUAGAUUCCGAUAGUGAGGGUAAAUUCACCUCAGAGGUGGGCAAGGAGAAGAGUGUUUUAGAGAAACUAUUGAAAAUUGAUCGCAAAAUCGCUGUUGUUAUGGCCAUGGAUAUGAUGAUGGCUGGCGUUGACACGACAAGCUCCACUUUAACGGGCAUAUUAUUUUGCAUCGCCAAAAAUCCGGACAAACAACAGAAACUAUUCGAGGAACUCAAAAGUAUUUUACCAAAUAAGGACUCCCGUUUGACAGUAGAGAAUAUGGCAAAUCUUCCAUAUCUGCGCGCUUGUAUUAAGGAAGGCAUGCGCUAUCAUCCUAUUAUUGUUGGCACAAAUCGUCGCUUGCCGAACGAUGUUGUGCUGAGCGGAUAUCGCAUACCGGCCGGUAUUGAUAUUUCGGUUGCUUCCAAUUUGCUCUUGCGCAAUGAGAAAUUUGUUGAAGAUCCAAAUAAAUAUAAACCAGAGCGUUGGCUGCGUAAUGACACAGAGGGUAAAAAAUAUCAACUCAACAAUCCGUUUCUAUUUCUUCCCUUCGGCUUCGGUCCACGCAGUUGUGUGGGCAAGCGCAUUGUGGAUCUUGAAUUAGAGGUCACUUUGGCGCGUUUGGUGCGCAAUUUCGCAAUUGAAUUCAAUUAUUCAACGGAAAAUGCUUUUACCCAGAAGUUAAUUUUCCUACCAGCUAUACCAUUGAAAUUCAGAUUCGCUGAAAGAAAGGAGUGAAGAUGCGAUGAUUGAUUGAAUCGUAUAUCGUAAGUACAGAAAAGUCAUUUAUAAACUCGUUUUGUCAAGCGUUUCACUAAGUAUUUUAUGUGUGAAAUAUGUUUGUAUUAGCAAAGAUAAUUAGAACUCAAUAUGUAAAAUAUGUAUGCCAAUAAAAUUUAUUU